UUUUCUCAUUAUUGCAUUAUAAUUACAUUAGUUUCCUACUGCUCCUGUAACAAAUUACCACCAAUCUAGUGGCUUGAAAAACACAAAUUUAUUAUCUUACAGCUCUGGAACUUAGAACUGGGUUUCACUGGGCUAAAAUCAAGGUGUCAGCAGGGGCUACACUGCAUUCCCAUCUGGAGGCUCUAGAAGAAGUUUUUUUUUCCCCUUUUCCAGCUUCUAGAAGUUGUCCCCUUGAGCCCUCUUCCAUCUUCAAAGCCAGCAAUGGCCGGUCAAGAUUCUUUUGUAUCACAUCACUCUGACACUGACCCUUCUGCCUCCCUCUUUUACUCAUAAGGACCCUUAUGAUUACACUGGGCCCAUCUGGAUCAUCCAAGAUAAUCUUCCCACCUCAAAAUCCUUAAACUAGUCACAUCCUUAAAGUCCCUUUUGCCACGUAGGUAACAGUCACACAUUCAGAGGAUUAGGAUGUGGACAUCUUUGGGAGAGCAUUAUUCUGCCUCCCACAAUAAUCAACUGAUUCAGCACAAUUUAUUUAAUCUUUUCUGAACCUGGGUACCGGGAAACACUGGUCUGGUGGUGGUAAUAAUAAUAAUAAUAGCAGAUAACUGGGACCCGGGUCUGAUCGCGCAGUUCUCACGGCCUGGUCUGGGGCGGACCCAGGAGGGGAAUUCCCCCAGCCGCGAUCCCCAUGGGGCUGUGUUUUCCCUGUCCCACGGAGGCCGCGCCUCCUUCGCCGGACCUGGAAGAAAAAAGAGCAAAGCUUGCAGAGGCUGCAGAAAGAAGACAGAAGGAGGCUGCAUCUCGGGGCAUUCUGAAUGUUCAGUCUGUGGAAGAAAAGAGAAAGAAAAAGGAAAAAAUAGAAAAAGAAAUGGCUACAUCUGGGCCCCCACCAGAAGGUGGCCUUAGGUGGACAGUUUCAUAAAGCAUAACAUGAGUGAAAGAGUCUACUGCCAAUAAGUAAUAUCUGCAAUCAAGCGGACAUCCUCAAUUUAAUUUCUUCUCUUUGAAUAAAUGAAGAUUCAGACGUCGUAAUUUUAGUCUCUUAAAUGCAGUGCUUUUUCAAAAUUGAAUAUUGAAAAUGCUUUUGAUUGUUAGACUUAGGAAAUGGCCAGACUUUUCAUUAAAUACUUAUUUUCCCUACAUUUGCUCUUCUGCAGACAGUGGGUGAUUUGCCGUUUUUUAGUAGUUAAAACAUGGGCCUAAAUAGUGAAUAUAUAUUUAUAUACUGCAUGGAAAAACUCUGCAUACACCUCAGAUAUUAAAGUUUGCACUUGUAUUUUCCCUCCUUUAUAAAAUGACCUAGCUAUUUAUAGUUUGCCGAUUAACCUUUUAUCUCUUUAUUUCAUUAUAUGUGAAGACUUUUGCUUAAACUUAUGGACUUAGUGCCUUUAAACUGGUCAUCAGGGAAAAUCUUGAAAAAUCAUUUGAAGGGCUUAUAUGAAGGAACACUGUAAAUUUUUAUAACUUACUAAGAAAUUAAUAUUUGUAGAAAACAUUGAAUUUCCCCUAAUUUAUUUCCUACUUCUGUAGCUUAUAAAAUUAACAUACUGUGUUUUACAUUAUAAUACUUUUUAUUUUUGCUUGCUGAGUUUAAAAUAUAUUAGUGGUGCCAUCAGAGGGCAGUGAUGUACUAUUAUACAGUACCAGAUUCAGCUCCGUCAGAGGGCAGUGACGUACUAUUAUACAGUACCAGAUUCAGCUCCGUCAGAGGGCAGUGACGUACUAUUAUACAGUACCAGAUUCAGCUCCGUCAGAGGGCAGUGACGUACUAUUAUACAGUACCAGAUUCAGCUCCGUCAGAGGGCAGUGACGUACUAUUAUACAGUACCAGAUUCAGCUCCGUCAGAGGGCAGUGACGUACUAUUAUACAGUACCAGAUUCAGCUCCGUCAGAGGGCAGUGACGUACUAUUAUACAGUAUCAGAUUCAGCUCUAUAAAGAUCUUUGCAGUAAUUGAAUGAGUUAAACUAAGAAUCUGGAUGGGUUAAAUAUAACAAAGUAUAGUGGUAAUGUGUUUGUCCAAAUUUCAUAGGUGUUUUUAUUCUUUUAUAUUUAUUAAAGAAUGAUCAUAAGAUUUAUAUAGAUGUCAAAUUGCCAAGGCAAGUAUGAAUAUAUGAAAGAGAAAUAUGUAAGUACUGUAUUUAAAAAGGUCUACUUUAAACAUAAAAAUAUUGUGAGGUAAUUCUAUAUGAUACAUUGCCAUAAACUUUGUAGAUUUUUGUUCAUUUGUAACAUGUAUUAUAGCAUAUUUGGUUUUUUGAGGUUUUUAAUAUAUAAUAAGCUAAAAUAGAAGAAUUGCUGUGUCUUUUAAUUUGGUUGCUCUUUUGGAUGACAAGGCCACAGUCUGAGCCCUAAAUUAGAAUUUUCAAAUAUUAAGUACAAUAGGGACUGUAAAUUAAAUAGACCAGCUCAUUUGAUUUACAAAAAGGAAACUGAACCACUAUCUCGCUCAUCCUUCCCACAAAUCUUGUGUUAUGUUGCAGUAUGUUAUAUAUGUUAAUUUUAAAGAGUUUGAACUAUAAUAUAGAUCUCUUGACUCCUCUUUGGAAAAAUCACUUCCUUCUAUUACAGAAUGAAAUAUCUGUGACUAUCCAGGCAAGAUAUGUAGUUAUAGACAGGUUCAAUUUUCAGUUUUAGAGAAUUAGCGGUAUGUUUGUUCAUAAAGGAUAGUGAAGUCAUUGAAUUAUAUUUUAGAAAUAUAAUUUUUGACUUUUUUGGACAUGAUUAAAUUUUCCAAGGCAGAAAGGAAAAAGGAACAUUAAUAGACGAAUGGAUAUAGAACCAGAGCAUACUAUCCUAGAACUGUGCACGUCCUUGCUUCUGUUUUACUAUGGAAAGAACAAUUUUAUCUGUAUUACAGCUUGGAUUGGUGUAAACAAAAGGUUUACAUCUAGGGGACAAUGCUCUAUUUCUAAUAGCAGUUUAUAUCCAAAUACCAUGCUUAUUUACUGUUGAACCAAGAAUGUUGUGCUGAUGAAUUGCUUUCUAGGAACAGUGGGAUAUGCCAUUCCCGCCAACCAUGGCCUGCCUCCAUGGGUGUGAUCGUGUUUCCUCAAAACCACAUGGGUUGCAUGGGCUAAGGGGUGAUACUCAAUGUUAGGAAUAGUGUUAGGAAGGGGAAGGAAAAAGGGGAGACUGGAUGCAUGAUAGGAAACCAAUAAGUGACUACUUAAAAAAAAAAUGUAUAUGCACAUACACAUAUUCCAAGAAUCUUCCUCAAAGGUAUGAAUCAGUUCCUGAUGAAACCUUAGCCUAGAGCCAGUUUCCCAUAAUUCAUAAUUUAAAUAGGAAAGCAUUAUAAUGAUUGAUAUGUCACCCAAACUCCCCAAACAAAUUACUAAAAUAAAACCAAACAGUAAAAUGCUUAUAUGUAACUAUCGUGUUGAGAUAUAAAAUGCUUAAAUCACUACUUCUUCAUUCUAAUCAUUAAACUAUUACUAUGGUAACAAAAAGUUGUAUAUUACCACACAGCCCCUUUGCUAACAUGCUGCAUGUUUUUUAAAACAUCUGUAUGUGAUACUUUUGUUCCACUGAUUGUAUUUGGAAUGUAAUUAAUAGUUUUGUUAUAAAUGCUGUACUGCCUUACAAGGUACAA